AUGCGCGCCCUAGCUCUCACCUUACUGUUCUCCCUCGUCCUCGCCUUCGCAAGCGCGUUGCAGCCUCCAAACCCCCAAUUUUCAGGAGGUGAGGGAUUAACAGAGAUUCAACGCGCGAUCAACAUCUCCAGUCCCGAUAAUACGUGUGGAAAAUCGGUUGGUAAGGGAAAGGGAUAUAUUUGUAAUCCGGCCAAGAAUGCAGGGGGUUGUUGUAGUGGUGCUGGGUGGUGUGGAUGGGGAGAUGGUAUGUUCUAUCUCUUUCUUCAAUUUUGUUUUGCUUUGAGCUCGAGAAGAAGUAGGGAAAGAGGCAUGCGCGUUACAUUUGUCCACUUUGAGAAUCGUAAGAGGGCAAAGGGUGUUGAGUGAGCUUGUUCAUUAACAUGGGUGCUAUUAUAUAUUUACCCUCUCUACAAGGAACAAGGAGAUCAAACGAACGAGAGAAGUUUGACGUACUAAAACCCAAACAACAGACUACUGCGGCCCAACAUGCCAACCCUUAUUCUCCCUCGGGAAAUGCAACACCACCACGACCACCCCACCACCACUCUCAGACGACUUCCUCUGCGGUCCACAGAACGGAAACAAGAAAUGCUCCGGAAAUGGAUGUUGCAGUCAGGUAAGACUACAACUUCCCACACCAUCCCACAAAUCAAAAUAAUAUAGAUUUUGAAGCUGGAGGAGAUGCUAAUCAGAAUUCCAGUACGGAUAUUGCGGCAUCACGUUCGACUACUGCUCCACAAGCUGCCAAUCCACUUUCGGAAAGUGUACUCUAUCACCUACCAAUACGUCUUCUUUGGCGCCACUGACUCCCUAUCCAACUGCGACUCCCACAUCUACACCUACUAACGACAAUUGCGGAGCGGCGAAUGGAAAUUUGUCAUGUCCUACUGGUCAAUGUUGUAGUUCCGCAGGCAAGUGUUACAUACACCUCCUCGCAGAAUCCUAGAAACGCAUGUAAGGAAUUAUACUAAUGAUAUAAUGCAUAGGGUGGUGUGGAACAACAAGCGAUUACUGCGCCGUGGGAUGUCAACCAAACUUUGGACGUUGUGAUGAACAUAGCAACUCCACGGGCUACCCCGAGCCAGAUACGUAUUCAUGCGGUGCCGGUUUGGGAAUCUGUAAUAACGAUCAAUGUUGUUCCAAAAAUGGUAGGUCAAUUGCGCUUGCUCUAGUCUUUUAUACGGAUGCUAAUGAUAUACGAUAUAGGAUACUGCGGAAGAGGAGAAGACUACUGUUCAGAUCCCCAAUGGUGCCAGACCAGUUAUGGACGAUGUGAUUCAGACACAACACCACUUGGAAAAUCAACUGCAAAUGUCCCAAGGCCAUGGAAAGGAAGUGUUCCAUAUGAUGAAGAUAUAUAUGACUGCCAAAAGAGUCGUGUGGUCGCUUUGACAUACGACGAUGGGCCAAGUCCAUAUACAGCCCAACUUUUGGAUUUGUUGAAGGCAUAUGGUUUUCAUGCCACCUUCUUCGUCACGGGAAACAACAACGGAAAAGGUCCAAUUGAUACCACGGCUCAAUGGUCGGCUGUGAUCAGAAGGAUGAUUGCAGAAGGACACCAGGUUGCUUCGCACAGCUGGUCCCACUAUGAAUUUGACUCCAUCGGGCAUGAUGAACGUAUGGAUCAGAUGAUCAAGAACGAAAUGGCCUUCAACAAUAUCAUAGGCAAAUUUCCAACUUACAUGAGACCGCCAUACUCAAAUUGUUCCCAAACAACAGGAUGUUGGGCGGAUAUGCAAGCACUGGGAUACCAUCGAAUAUAUUUCGACUUGGAUACAGAUGAUACGAACAACGAGACUCCGGACAACAUACAGAAUUCGAAGAAUGAUGUAAGAAACAUGUUGAGCCAGGGUCCUGCUGGAGGUAACUUUUUGUCGAUCCAGCAUGAUAUCAGUGAGCAAUCGGUCAAAAGUCUCUCGUCAUAUUACUUUGACUUGAUAAAGAAAAAGGUUGGUGGCGUUACCUACAUCUUAGCUCGAAAUUCUGGAGUGUUUUAUAGCUAACAAAUGUGGUCCCGAUAGGGCUGGCGAGGUGUAACGGUAGGAGAGUGUCUUGGUGACGAGGAGGAGAACUGGUACAGGGUAAUGUAGGGUAUGGAGGGAUUUGUUGCCAGGAUCGACGUUCAUCCCGCAUUUCCAGUCUCAACCUUAAAAUAUCCGCCGUCACGCGACUGAGAACUCGGUUGGCAUAUGAGGAUGUGCUAACGAGAAACCCUUGGAUCUUCACAAUUUAUGCUUCCAUGGAAGGCGUCCAAAAACCAAACAUUCCUCGAAUCCUUCGCAGCCCCUUUAAGUAAGCAUACAAUAAACAACCCAUUUAUCCAACUACUGCCCUGCUCCUGUCGUAGCUUGGUUAGCGACACAAGUAUCAACCCACUAUUAGGUAUUAUAACCAGCGUCCCCUUGUCUACAUGGUCAAAAAGAAGGGAAAAGUAC